AUGUAGAUCAACAAAUCUGAGAAGCCGGACAAGCCUGAGAGCUGUGAUAAUGUCAAGGUUGUCGUCCGAUGCCGACCUUUCAAUGAAAGAGAGAAAGUAAUGUGCUACAAGAUGGCAGUUAAUGUUGAUGAAAUGAGGGGAACCAUUACUGUUCAUAAAACAGACUCUUCCAAUGAACCUCCAAAGACAUUUACAUUUGAUACAGUUUUUGGACCAGAGAGUAAACAGCUUGAUGUCUAUAACUUAACUGCGAGACCAAUUAUUGACUCUGUUCUGGAAGGAUACAAUGGCACCAUAUUUGCAUAUGGACAGACUGGCACAGGCAAAACUUUUACCAUGGAAGGUGUACGAGCUGUUCCUGAACUUAGAGGAAUCAUCCCCAAUUCAUUUGCCCAUAUAUUUGGUCACAUUGCAAAGGCAGAGGGGGACACAAGAUUUUUGGUUCGAGUGUCUUACUUGGAAAUUUACAAUGAAGAAGUGCGUGACCUGCUUGGAAAAGACCAGACACAGAGGCUAGAGGUUAAAGAGAGACCUGAUGUGGGAGUUUAUAUUAAAGAUCUUUCAGCUUAUGUUGUAAACAAUGCAGAUGAUAUGGACAGAAUCAUGACACUAGGCCACAAAAACCGUUCUGUUGGUGCCACUAAUAUGAAUGAGCACAGCUCCCGUUCCCAUGCGAUCUUCACUAUUACCAUUGAGUGCAGCGAGAAGGGUGUUGAUGGAAACAUGCAUGUUCGUAUGGGCAAGCUGCACCUUGUAGAUCUAGCUGGGUCAGAAAGGCAGACAAAAACUGGAGCCACUGGGCAACGACUAAAGGAAGCCACAAAAAUUAACCUUUCGCUUUCCACUCUUGGGAAUGUUAUUUCUGCACUGGUGGAUGGCAAGAGUACUCAUGUGCCCUAUCGUAACUCUAAAUUGACUCGACUUCUUCAGGAUUCCCUGGGGGGCAACUCAAAAACCAUGAUGUGUGCAAAUAUUGGUCCGGCAGACUAUAAUUAUGAUGAGACUAUCAGCACACUAAGAUAUGCCAACCGUGCCAAAAACAUCAAGAAUAAGGCCAGAAUUAAUGAAGAUCCCAAGGAUGCCUUGCUCCGUCAGUUUCAAAAAGAAAUUGAAGAACUUAAAAAAAAGCUGGAGGAAGGGGAAGAGAUAUCUGGCUCUGAUAUCAGUGGUUCUGAAGAUGAAGAUGAAGAAGAAGAUGGGGAGCUUGGAGAGGAUGGGGAAAAGCGUAAAAAACGAAGGGGCAGUAGCAGCAGCAGUAGUUCAGACUCCACAUGCUCUGUCAUAGAGAAACCUCUGGAUAAGUCCUUCACUAAUCAAGCAGGCAAGAAGAAAGUUUCCCCAGAUAAAAUGGUAGAGAUGCAAGCCAAGAUUGACGAAGAGAGAAAAGCACUUGAAACCAAGCUUGACAUGGAAGAGGAAGAGAGAAACAAAGCCAGGGCUGAACUGGAGAAGAGAGAGAAAGAUCUGCUCAAAGCCCAACAGGAACACCAGUCGCUGCUGGAGAAGUUAUCCGCUCUGGAGAAGAAGGUGAUUGUGGGAGGUGUGGACUUGCUGGCAAAAGCUGAGGAGCAGGAGAAACUUCUAGAGGAAUCUAACAUGGAGCUUGAAGAGCGAAGGAAAAGAGCCGAGCAGCUUCGCAAAGAGCUUGAGGAAAAAGAGCAAGAGCGCCUGGACAUUGAGGAGAAGUACACCAGCCUGCAGGAGGAGGCACAGGGCAAGACCAAGAAGCUGAAGAAAGUCUGGACAAUGCUAAUGGCUGCAAAAUCAGAGAUGGCAGAUCUGCAACAGGAACAUCAGAGAGAGAUUGAAGGAUUGCUGGAGAAUAUUCGGCAGCUCAGCAGGGAGCUUCGUCUUCAAAUGCUCAUCAUAGAUAACUUCAUUCCUCAGGACUACCAGGAAAUGAUUGAAAACUAUGUUCACUGGAAUGAAGACAUUGGAGAAUGGCAGUUGAAAUGUGUUGCAUAUACAGGGAACAACAUGAGAAAACAGACCCCAGUACCAGAUAAAAAGGAAAAAGAUCCCUUCGAGGUGGACCUUUCCCAUGUUUAUCUAGCUUACACAGAAGAAAGCCUGAGGCAGUCUUUGAUGAAAUUAGAGAGGCCGAGGACUUCAAAAGGAAGAUCAAGGCCUAAAACUAGUAGAAGAAAACGUUCAGCAAAGCCAGGAGCUGUAAUUGACUCUCUGCUUCAGUAG